UCGGUGCGCAUCGUCAGCAUCAGUUUGAAGUCAAAUCUGACAGCCUGCUGCCUUGCCUGGUCCUUUUUCCUUUCCCCGUCUCUUUCCCUCUCCGGUGGUCAUCCCGUCUUGUUUCAGAGUAGUGUCGGGACUGUGGGAGCGCGUCUGGCUUCAACUUGGGGUGAAGAAAGACAAGAGGAAACUCCUCGGGAUUCUCCGUACAACGAGCUCUGUUCCGGAUAUUCUGUUUGACGUGUUGAAGUGCUUCUUCAGGAGAAUUUUGGGGAGAUUUCCGACUCUUUCAUUCCUCAAGGAUGAAGCAGAACAGUGGACCUGUGUAUUGAAACAGCUCCCACUUUCCAAACUUCAUGUUGCAGGAUGAACCAUGAGCAGAGGUUGUGAGGGCCUGUUUCUAUCGUCCUGUUGUACAGUGAGGCAGUGAGCUCACGGUGGAUACAGCAUGCAUGUGUCGAAAUAUCCCAUGAUGCACUCUGCCAACUCAGGCCUGCUACUCCUCAGCUUCCUCUUCCUCGCCGAUGCCGACUCACCCCCCAGAUUCACACGAACCCCAGAAGACCAAAUAGGAGUGCAGGGGGGAGUGGCCUCCUUUGUGUGUCAGGCCGCAGGUGACCCACAGCCCAAGAUAGUGUGGAACAAGAAAGGCAAAAAAGUCAGCAACCAGAGAUUUGAGGUUAUAGAGUUUGAUGACGGGUCCGGCUCGGUUUUGAGAAUCCAGCCUCUUAGGACCCCAAGAGACGAGGCUAUAUAUGAAUGUCACGCCUCCAACUCUGCAGGAGAGAUCACUGCCUCCACCAGGCUCAGUGUGCUACGAGAGGACCAGCUGCCCUCGGGGUUCCCCACCAUAGACAUGGGUCCCCAGCUAAAGGUGGUAGAGCGCUCUCGGACUGCUACCAUGCUUUGUGCUGCUAGCGGUAACCCUGACCCAGAAAUUACCUGGUUCAAGGAUUUCCUGCCAGUCAACACAUCCAAUAACAACGGGCGGAUCAAGCAGCUUCGCUCAGAGUCCUUUGGUGGCACGCCCAUACGAGGUGCCCUCCAGAUAGAGAUGAGUGAGGAGUCAGAUCAGGGGAAAUAUGAGUGUGUUGCCACCAACAGCGAUGGGACACGCUAUUCCACGCCAGCCAACCUUUACGUCCGAGAGCUACGAGAAGUUCGUCGUGUCCCCCCUCGCUUCUCCAUCCCCCCAGCUGACAGCGAGAUCAUGCCAGGGGGCAACGUCAACAUCACCUGUGUGGCAGUGGGUUCCCCCAUGCCCUAUGUGAAGUGGAUGCUUGGAGCAGAGGACCUGACACCCGAGGACGAUAUGCCCAUCGGCCGCAACGUCCUUGAAUUGACUGACGUCCGCCAGUCCAACAAUUACACGUGUGUCGCCAUGUCAACACUUGGUGUGAUAGAAGCAGUGGCGCAGAUCAUUGUGAAAGCUUUGCCGAGGGCUCCAGGUACACCUGUAGUCACAGAAAGAACUGCAACAAGCAUCACACUCACCUGGGACUCAGGCAACCCCGAGCCUGUCUCGUACUACAUCAUUCAGCACCGUGCCAAAGGGUCUGAGGACCCUUAUAAAGAGAUUGAUGGAAUCGCCACAACGCGCUACAGUGUAGGCGGUCUCAGCCCGUACUCCCACUAUGACUUCCGGGUGGCAGCAGUGAACACCAUUGGCCAGGGUCCCUCCAGCGAUGUGGUGGAAGCUCGCACGGCUGAGCAGGCCCCCUCCUCUCCUCCUCGACAGGUCAGAGGUCGUAUGCUGAGCACUACAACAGCAAUUAUCCACUGGGAUGAACCAGAGGAGCCAAACGGCCAGGUGGUGGGUUACCGAGUCUACUACACCUCAGACAACACGCUUCCAGUCAACCAGUGGGAGAAGCAGAUGGUGCGCAGCGCCAACUUCAUCACCAUCCAGAGUUUGACUCCGAACAAGACUUAUUACAUCCGAGUGCUGGCGUUCACCUCCGUAGGAGAUGGACCGCUGUCCCAGGACCUGCAGAUCAUUGCUAAGACUGGCGUUCCAUCACAACCUUCAGAGUUUAAAGGUGAGGCCAAGUCUGAGACCAGUAUCCUGCUGUCCUGGGUAGCCCCACCCCAGGGUGGUCCUGAUAACCAGAUUACAGGAUAUGAGUUGGUCUAUAGGCGGGCUGAUGACACAGAGGAGAAAAAAGUGAGCUUUGAACCAACCACUUCCUACCUGCUGAAGAACCUGAAGCCUUUUUCCACCUACACCUUCCAGCUGGCUGCAAAGAGCAAACAUGGAGUCGGGGCAUAUACCAAUGAAGUGUCCAUCGACACACCACAGACGCUUCCUUCAGCACCUCCCCAGGACAUCACAUGCACCAGCCCCAGUUCUACCAGCAUCCUGGUAAGUUGGGCCCCGCCUCCUCUGGAGUUUCAGAACGGCAUCAUUACAGGAUACUCCAUCCAGUAUUCAACCACCGAGGGUAGCAAGGUGUCCAAAAGAAUUGACGGAAUACCUCCGGAAAGUUCUCCGUAUCUCCUGGAAAACUUGGAGAAAUGGACAGAGUAUGGCAUAACGGUGCGGGCGCAGACGGAAGCUGGGGAUGGACCGGAAAGUUUACAGCUGCUUAUUCGCACAGAAGAAGAUGUUCCAAGUGGUCCUCCUCGAGCGGUGGAGGCAGAGACUGUGAACGCCUCAGCUGUUAGGGUGAAAUGGCGAGCACCAGCCCCUGAAAAGCAACACGGUCAGAUCCGAGGCUACCAAGUCCACUAUGUGAGGAUGAACUACGGAGAGCCGCAGGGUCAGCCCUUCAUCAAGGACAUCCUCAUUGAGGACUCUCAGUGGGAAAAGGAUGACUCCACUGAGUAUGAUGUAAUUCUUGGAGAUCUGAAGGCAGACACAUCCUACUCCGUGUCAGUGGGGGCUUACACGGCUAAAGGUGAUGGGGCUCGCAGCAAACCUGUUACUGCCUGCACAUCCCUGCCAUUGCCUGAGAAGCCCAAACUGAUGGUGAGCGCCACUGAUUCAAGCACUGCUCUGCUUCAGUGGUACCCACCACAAAACCCCCCCACCCCUCUCCUGGGGUACCGCCUCACCUUUGGCCGUGUCGAUGUCCUUCCCUUUACGGUUGUUGAGUUCCCCACCAAGGAGAACCGCUACACCGCCCAGGACAUCCACAAGGGAGCUAACUAUGUGUUCAGACUCUCCGCCCGGAACAAAAUGGGCUAUGGAGAAGAGGCUAUAAAGGAAGUGACCACUCCAGAGGAUUCCCCAAGUGGAUACCCAGAAAAUAUAAUCUCUGCAGAGGCCUCUGCCACCUCCCUGCGGCUGGAAUGGAAAUCAGUGCCUCUAAUUGAGCAAAAUGGGAAGAUUGUGAAGUACUCGGUGCUGUAUAAGGAUAUAAACAGCAGGGGGAAUGCCUCAGAAGUUGUUGUGCCCACUCCUGGCUCGAGUAUUUUGUUGGAGGGUCUGAGUGCUGAUACCGUGUAUGAAGUCAGGUUGUGUGCAUUCACAGCUGUCGGCCCUGGGCCUUACAGCCCCGGUGUCCAGUUUAGGACACAACGGCUGGACCAAGUUUUUGCUGCAAACUUCCGAGUGAAGGCUGCCAUGAAGAACUCUGUUUUGCUGUCCUGGGAGACAAGAGACAAGAACCCUGCCCAGCCGUUCACCAUCCUGUAUGGAAAGGGCCAGUCUGUUGAAGUGGACGGGAAGCUGACUCAGAAGCUGAUCACUGGUUUAGAGCCGGACACCCAGUACUCCUUUCUGCUCACCAACCGGGCCAACAGUGCAGGGGGACUACAGCAUCGGGUCACUGCCACUACUGCCCCUGACAUCCUUAAAACCAAACCCACAGUGGUGGGAAAGACCAACGCAGAUGGCAUGGUGACUGUGCAGCUUCCAACAGUGCAGACCACAGCCAAAGUCAGGGGUUACUAUGUUGUCGUGGUUCCUCUGAAGAAGCAAAGAGGAGGGAAGUUUCUGAAUCCCUGGGAGGACCCUGACCAGAUGAACAUGGAUGAGCUCCUGAAAGAGAUCAACAGGACCAGCAUCAGUCGUGCCCUUCGUAUACGCAGACAGGCUGGCCAAUCAGAUCCAAGAGCAUAUGUCAGUGCCCACUUUAAGACCCUCCCCCUGGAGUUCACGCUGGGAGAUGGUCGAAACUAUGGUGACUUCCGCAACCGCCCUCUGCAAAAUGGACAGGAGUAUGUUUUCUUUGUCCUUGCUCUGCUGGACCUCUCUGAGAAUACCAUGUUUGCCACCAGUCCUUACUCUGAUCCUGUGACCUCAUCAGAUGUGGAUCCUCAGCCAAUCGUUGACGAGGAGGAGGGUCUAUUGUGGGUGGUGGGGCCUGUGCUGGCUGUCAUCUUCAUCGUCUGCAUCGUCAUUGCCAUCCUCCUCUUCAAAAGCAAACCUGACAGAAAAAGGGCUGAGGCUGAGGGCAGGAAGGGCAGUUUCCCCUGUAGCAAAGCCAUGUCGUCCCAUCAUCCCACCGAUCCUGUAGAGCUGCGUAGAAUCAACUUCCAAACUCCAGCCUAUCGUGUGUCAGUGUAUCGCGGUUAUCGGCGCUUGUCAAGCAUGGCAAGUCACCCGCCUGUCCCCAUCUCUGAGCUGGCAGAUCACACCGAGCGCCUCAAGGCGAACGACAAUCUCAAGUUUUCUCAAGAGUACGAGUCCAUCGACCCCGGUCAGCAGUUCACGUGGGAGAACUCUAACUUGGAGGUUAACAAGCCAAAGAACCGCUACGCUAACGUCAUCGCCUAUGACCACUCCAGAGUGAUACUCUCCAGCAUUGAGGGUGUCCCAGGCAGUGACUACAUCAACGCUAACUAUAUCGACGGUUACCGUCGUCAGAAUGCAUACAUCGCCACUCAGGGAUCCCUGCCUGAGACCUUCGGGGAUUUCUGGAGGAUGGUCUGGGAGCAGCACACAGCUAAUAUCAUCAUGAUGACAAAGCUAGAAGAAAAGUCAAGGGUGAAGUGUGAUCAGUACUGGCCAACACGGGGCACAGAGACCUACGGCCUCAUCCAGGUCACUCUACUGGACACAGUGGAGCUGGCCACCUACUCUGUCAGGACCUUCGCUCUCUACAAGAGCGGCUCCAAUGAGAAGCGUGAGGUUCGUCACUUUCAGUUUACAGCCUGGCCGGACCACGGGGUGCCUGAACACCCCACCCCCUUCCUGGCCUUCCUACGCAGGGUGAAGGCCUGCAACCCUCCCGACGCGGGACCAAUGAUUGUCCAUUGCAGCGCUGGAGUUGGCCGCACCGGCUGCUUCAUUGUCAUCGAUGCCAUGACGGAGCGAAUCAAGCAUGAAAAGACCAUUGACAUCUACGGCCAUGUUACGCUGAUGCGCUCCCAGAGGAACUAUAUGGUUCAGACGGAGGACCAGUACAUCUUCAUCCAUGAUGCACUGCUGGAGGCUGUGACCUGUGGGAACACCGAGGUCCCUGCGAGGAACCUGUACUCCUACAUUCAGAGGCUGACGCAGAUUGAACCGGGGGAGAAUGUCACCGGCAUGGAGCUGGAGUUCAAGCGUCUAGCCAGUGCCAAGGCGCACACAUCACGGUUUGUGAGUGCCAACCUGCCAUGCAACAAGUUCAAGAAUCGGCUGGUGAACAUCAUGCCCUACGAGACCACACGUGUGUGUCUGCAGCCAAUCAGAGGGGUGGAGGGAUCGGACUAUAUCAACGCCAGCUUCAUUGAUGGAUACAGGCAGCAGAAGGCCUAUAUAGCAACCCAAGGCCCGUUGGCUGAAACCACAGAGGACUACUGGAGGAUGCUGUGGGAACACAACUCCACCAUAGUUGUCAUGCUAACCAAGCUGAGAGAAAUGGGACGGGAGAAGUGUCACCAAUACUGGCCUGCAGAGCGCUCAGCUAGGUACCAGUACUUUGUGGUGGAUCCCAUGGCUGAGUACAACAUGCCCCAGUACAUCCUCCGAGAGUUUAAAGUCACCGAUGCCAGGGAUGGCCAAUCACGAACAGUUCGUCAGUUCCAAUUCACUGAUUGGCCAGAGCAAGGAGUGCCAAAGUCAGGGGAGGGAUUUAUUGAUUUCAUUGGCCAGGUGCACAAAACUAAAGAACAGUUUGGCCAGGAUGGGCCAAUCACUGUGCACUGCAGUGCUGGAGUAGGGAGGACUGGUGUGUUCAUCACCCUUAGCAUCGUGCUGGAGAGGAUGAGGUACGAGGGAGUGGUGGACAUCUUCCAGACUGUCAAGAUGCUGCGCACCCAGAGACCUGCCACCGUUCAGACUGAGGACCAGUACCAGUUCUGCUACCGGGCCAGUCUGGAGUACCUGGGAAGCUUUGAUCACUAUGCAACAUAAACCCAGUGGCCGUCUCUUGUGCCACAUCCCACUUAGCGCACUUCUCUGAGGUCCCUUGCGGUCUGGAUAAAUGCACUAGGAUGUGAUGUGUCUUUGAAGAGCUUAAGCCACCACAUGCAGAGUGAAGGGGGACCAUCGGCUUACUCCGUACCAAGAAACAGCACCUCUAACUGAGCCAUAGAAACCUGCUUGACAAGGGUGUUUCUUCCACCCUCAGCCCAAACACACCCAUUGGUCAGUUUGAAGAAGCAACUUCAACCACUGUUCCAAUCAAAAUACUUGAUCAAAUAUUGAUUUUUGUAGUCGUUUCUGUGCUUUUUGUGAGCACCCAGAUUGCUUUACAUUGUUUGGGUGUGGAACUCUCACCUUGUCCACCACCAGUGUAGCAUCACCAACCUAAACACAGGACCAGGCUACAGUAUAUAGCUGUCACUUUUUCUAUCCAGAGGACUUUUGAGAAGGAGUCUACAAAUCCAUCUUAUGGAAGCUACGUGGACCGAGAGGACUGGGACUUUCUAAAGCACCAGAGAUUCACACAGGAGACUGAGAACACAGAGCACACGGUAUAAAAAGACAAAAACUCACAUCCCAAAAAAGAGACACCAAGAAGAGUUUUUUUUUGUUUGUUUUGUUUGGAAACAGACUCUCGUUUCCUGUGAAUGAAAAAGAAGAUGUUUCUACCAUACAGUAAUAAAACCACCAGUUCAACCUUAUGCUUCACGAGUUAAGAUAAGGGAAAUUUGAAAGAGGUUUAAAAUGCAUACCACAAAGUAAAAACAUUAAUUUAGUUUUUUAGAAGAAUAUAGAUAUGUAACUAUCUUGUUUUUUAAAAACUGGGUAUUCCUUGUGGCACGUUCUGUUUUGUUGUUUUUACAGAUUUAUGACUUUGUCCCCACUGAUCAUACAAAGGCAAUGUUUUUCUUUUUUUCUGUGUAAUCCAAUGAGUUGUAGCAGUUUUCUAAAAACAAAAAAAAAAGUGAAACGGUACCGUUUUAAAGUGUACUAUCGAAUCUAGUGUGGAAAAAUGUUCACAAUUCUAUGAAAAACACCACAAUUGAGUGUCACUCUCCUGUAUUCUCCAUCCACAAACACGUUUCGCAUGCACACAGGACUCUCAGCUCUCAUGCCUGUCAGCCCUGUGCGGUUUUCAGAGAGAGCGGCCAUAUUUGAAUCCCCGAUGGGCCCCUCAGAGGUGCAGCAGUAAACCACGCUGCUGGAAAGCCCAGAGAAUAAUCUUGCCAAGUUGGUCUGCGCGCGGGUUGAAAGAAAGCCAGAUUAAACACAAUUUAGAGAGAGUAUGCACAGAAAGCAAAAUAUGAAAAUAACUAUUUAUGUGUCCAAAUAAGCUUCACAACGAUUUCUCAAGC